UUGAAGUAGAUAGCUUCAACCACUUUGACAACAAAAAAUGUCUCUUUUUUCCAUUCUCUUCAUUUCUCUGUGCAUGAUAUUAUCCAUCUUCAGUAACAAAUCUGAGGCGAAAACAUUCUCAUUUAAGGAAGCAAGUAUAGAUGAUAUUCACAUAGCUUUCAAGCAAAACAGACUUACCUCAAGACAACUUGUUGAGUUCUAUCUAAGUGAAAGCCAGAAAGCUAAUCCAAUUCUUAAAGGGAUCAUAGAAGUGAAUCCAGAUGCACUUUUUCUUGCAGAUAGAGCUGAUCAAGAACGAAAAUCGGGGGUGCCACUGUCCAGCAGGCUACAUGGUAUACCAGUUCUUGUCAAGGACAACAUUGCAACAAAAGAUAAACUUAACACAACAGCAGGAUCACUAGCACUUGUUGGGUCCAUUGUGCCAUCACUAGCACUUGUUGGGUCCAUUGUGCCACAAGAUGCUGGUGUGGUCAAGAAGUUGAGGAAUGCUAGUGCUAUCAUACUUGGCAAGGCAACUAUGACUGAAUGGGCUGCUUUUAGAACUGAGAAUAUCCCUAGUGGUUGGAAUGGCAGACUUGGUCAAGCUCUGAAUCCUUAUGUAGCAAGUGCUGAUCCAUCAGGUUCAAGCACUGGUUCUGCAACAUCAGUAGCAGCAAACCUUGCAGCAGUAGCAUUGGGGACAGAAACAGCAGGAUCCAUUCUAUAUCCAGCCAAUUCUAAUUCAGUUGUUGGAGUCAAACCAACUGUUGAACUCACUAACAGGGCAGGUGUUAUCCCAAUUUCACAAUUGCAAGACACUGUUGGACCAAUCUGCAGGACAGUAUCUCAUGCUGUUGAGGUUCUUGAUGUCAUUGUUGGCAUCGAUCGAGAUGAUUUUCCAGCUACUAAAAAGGCUUCUACUUACAUUCCACAUGGUGGAUACCGGCAAUUUCUUAAGGCUGAUGAGCUCAAACAUAAAAGACUAGGUAUUUUAAAGGACCUUUUUGGUUCCAAUGAUAUCAAAGCUUGCCAACACCAUUUCAACACCUUGAGGCAAAAAGGAGCAGUAUUAGUUGACAACGUCGAAGUACCUAACAUCAACUUGGUCUACAGUGCUAUUGUUAAUGCUCAAGACAUAGCACUUUUUGCUGAAUUCAAGAUGGACCUAAAUGCAUAUCUUAAGAAGCUAGUUCACACUCAAGUCCGAUCCUUGGCAGAUGUCAUAGCCUUUAACAAGAUUUCAGCUUCGGAAAAGUUCAAAGAAUAUGGUCAAGGCAUAAUGAUGGCAGCUGAGAAGACGAAUGCAAUAGGGAAAUUGGAAAGGGAGGCACUGAGGAACAUAACAAAAGUAUGCAAAUACAAGUUUGAGAAGAUGAUAAAAGUUAAUAAGCUAGACGCGUUGAUGUCACCUGGUGCAGACAUUGCUAGUCUUCUCGCGGUCGAAGGUUAUCCAGGGAUCAAUGUACCUGCUGGUUAUGAUAAAAGUGGAGUUCCCGUUGGAAUUUCCUUUGGAGGACUGAAGGGUUCAGAGCCAACACUCAUCGAGAUUGCAUAUGGUUUUGAACAAGCAACUCAUAUCAGGAAGCCCCCUCCUUCACAUCCUCGAUAAGAAUUACAUAUUCGACUCGAUCUAGAAUGUAUGCACAUCCGAAAUGAUGUGUUCGUUAUCAAGUACAGCAUUCCAGAGCAAAAUGUUGACAGACAAAUAAUCAUAUAGUAAUAUCGAUGAACUUUUAUAUCUUCUG